AUGCCGUCUCGGACAGGUGAUGGGAAGCGUGACCAGCGCAGCCGCGUCUCACUACGAACAGUCCACUCUCCUCUCUCCCGUCACGUCUCAGCUCCAGUGAGUUCCCAUUCCCUCCGUCCGAUUCGGGGAUUGAAACGGGAAUGCGACGGCGACGGAACUUGUGUGUCCAGCACGGGCGAGGCGAACGUGCCGAAGCACUACGACCCGAAGAUGUCGCCGACUUUCCACGCCGUGCAGGCGAUGGAGGCCCGUCAGGAAGCGCGGGAACAGGAAGCGCCGCAGCAGAGGAUCUAUCAUCCGCCUCAGCCGCUAGAAAGAAGCCACUUUUACCCGUCGACGAAGAUUCAGCAGAGCUACUCGUUCAAGAAAGUGAUGGCCGAUGUCCUCGGAGAUUAUCCCGGCGUCUAAUCCGGCGUCUCAUCCCCUCCUUCUGCUUCCUCCGUCUCAUCUCUCUUGGGUAUAUUUCGCUGGAUAAGAGAUACUAACCGAUGACGAAAUGUGAUACGUCCGUUGCAGCUCAUUUCCCUCGGAACGCGACCGGGAAAAAGGUUCUUCCGAAUCGCGAAUCGAAUUUUCCAUCUCCGCGAGCACCGAGUCUUCAUUGUCUUCAUUGUCUUC